GCUCGGGCCGGCCCCCGCUGCCGGCGGGACGCUUAGUCCCGUCGCCGCGCUCCCUGGGCAGCACCGCCACCGCCCCGCUCCGCCAUGCCCCGGUGUCUCGGUGUGGCUGGUGGCUGCUAAAGGACCCCCGGGGACACCCUUGUCGGGUGGGAAACGUGGCUUUGCCGACGGCGCGGGCGGAGAUGAGGACGGCAGAGGACUCGAACGGGACGGUCCUGCACCGCCUGAUCCAGGAGCAGCUGCGCUAUGGGAACCUCACGGAGAACCGCACUCUGCUGGCCAUCCAGCAGCAGGCCCUGCGCGGCGGUGGCACCGGCAGCCCGCGCUCCUCCCUAGAGAGCCUCAGCGCCGAGGAGAGCCAAAUGGUGCAGCAGUCCACGCGGCAGGAGCCCCAGGGCCAGGAGCAUCACUCCGACCACAUCUACUUGGAGAAUAGUGUCUAUCGGCUCUCCCAGCCCCAGCACAAGGGCGAGGAGCUUCCGACCUAUGAGGAGGCCAAGGCACAUUCCCAGUACUAUGCCUCUCAGCGGGGUGGGCAGCAGCAUGGAGGGGCCAGCACAGGGAUUCGGGGUGAAAACAGCCCACGUGGAGCUGAGAGCAGCAGCACCGGACGCCCCGAUGAGGGGCUGAAGGACCUGAAGCAUGGCCAUGUGCGGUCACUGAGUGAGCGGCUGAUGCGGCUGUCGCUGGAGAGGAGCGGGGCCAACACACAGAGCCCCAUCAGCGCCUCACACAGCUAUCCCCAGCUCUCCCGUCACCACCAGCUGGCUGCCCUGCAAGGGCAGCACCCUGAGGGGCCAGAGCCAAGGGGACCCCCUCCAGAGUAUCCCUACAUCAUCCCUUCCCAGGACACUUACUUGGCUGAACGCCGACCCUGCUCCCAGGAAGGUCCUGGAUUUCAGCAUCCCGAAAUCAGGGUGCUGUCCACCCAUGUCCCCACCGCUUUCCUGCCGCUGCCAGGCACUCUGUGCCCAGGCACACUGGGUGCUGCUGGUGUGGAGGCACUAGUGAAUGCCCAGGCGGUCUCAACCAGCAACCGCCUGGCCCGAGUAGAUGCGGUCCUCCGGGACAACGAGAGGCUCCAGCGGGACAAUGAGAAGUUGCGUCGGGAGCUGGAGAGCUGCUCCGAGAAGGCGAGCCGCAUCCAGAAGCUGGAGAGUGAGAUCCAACGCAUCUCAGAGGAUUAUGAAAACCUCGUCAAGGCCUCUUCCAAGCGGGAAGCCUUGGAGAAAGCCAUGAGGAACAAGAGAGAUGGUGAGAUGCGGCGGCUCCAGGACUUCAACCGGGAUCUGAAAGAGCGGUUGGAGUCGGCAAAUAAGCAGCUGGCCAGCAAGACCCAGGAAAGCCAUGACAGCAACCAGGGCAGCAUGGCAAAGCUUCUGGCACAAAGCUAUGAGCAUCAGCAGGAGAAGGAGAAGCUGGAGCGGGAGGUAUCCCUGCUGCGCAGUGCCAACGAGGACCAGCGUCGGAGGGCAGAGCUGCUGGAGCAGGCGCUGGGCAGUGCCCAGGCACGGGCAGCCAAGGCAGAGGCUGAGCUGCGGAAGAAACGUGCCUACGUGGAGAAGGUGGAGCGGCUGCAGGCAGCCCUGGGACAGCUCCAGGCCGCCUGUGAGAAGCGGGAGCAACUGGAGCUGCGGCUCCGCACCCGCCUGGAGCAGGAGCUGAAGAUGCUGCGGGCUCAGCAGAGGCAGGCAGGUGCUGCGGGUGCAGGGACGCCAGAGCUGAGUGCCCACACACUCUCGGAGCAGCUGAGGGAGAAGGAGGAGAAGAUCCUGGCCCUGGAGGCAGACAUGACCAAAUGGGAGCAGAAAUACCUGGAGGAGUGCACCAUGCGGCAGUUUGCCAUGGAUGCUGCGGCCACUGCAGCCGCCCAGAGGGACACCACCCUCAUCAGCCAGUCCCCGCGGCACUCCCCCAACAGCAGCUUCAAUGAGGACCUCCUCCUGGCCAGCCACAAGCACCAGGAGAUGGAGAACAGGUUAAAAGCCCUUCAUGCCCAAAUCCUAGAGAAGGAUGCUGUCAUCAAGGUCCUGCAGCAGCGCUCGCGGAGAGACCCCAGCAAAGCUCUCCAGGGCUCCCUGCGACCAGCGAAAUCUGUGCCCUCCAUCUUUGCUGCCUCAGCGGCCCCAAGCUGGCCAGGGGCUGGCCAGAGUGACCGGCUGGCUGAAAGCAGCUCUCACAGCAGCAGCACAGGCAAAGCCACCAGCGAAGGAGCAGCAGCGCCUGCUGCCCUGCCGCUGCCGUCCCACUCAAAGCACGGCAGCAAGGAUGGCAGCACACAGACGGAUGGGGUGGCUGAGAGCAGCAGCCAGGGCGAGGGCACCGAGCGCCCAGCUGCUCUGAUGGAGAGCUUGGCUGAUGUCAGAGCCCCUGACCUGUCUGACAUGGUGGAGAUCCUGAUUUAAGGCCAUCCAUGGACUGCACACUGGCCCCUCUCCCCCCUGCCUGUACUGCAUCGGGGUGGCAGAGCCUGCAGGAGGGAGGACCGAGCCUGGAGCUCAGUGGUGUCCCUGUGCCUGGUCUCAGCACAUGGGCCAUGGUCCCCACUCAGCACCCACAGGGGUCUCCAGCUGCGCAGGGCGUGCUGGAGCCCAAGGACCCUGCAGUGGCUGAGGGGGCUCGUGAACACACCGGGGUUUUGGACAACAGGAGCAACCUAUUUGUUGUUCCAGCCUGAAGCAGGGGGCUUCUUUUCAUAUCCUCCCUCAGCUCUGUUUCCAUCCCAGCUCCAUCCCCAUCCCACCUCUGGGUCUUGGCAAUUCACAUCCACCCAAGUGCUUGGCCUCCAACUGGAAAAUCCCUCUCUGUUCACCCAAACUGUAUCCAUAAGCUCAUGUCUUUGCUCAAGGCCAGAGCCAGGAGGGAUCCUCUGGGGUCCCAUCAACUGCCCAGACUGUGGCCAAGCCAAAAGCCAGGAGCCCCAGCCUCCACCACCUGCAGCCAUCACCUUGCGUCCUGCCUCUGGGUUGUUAUUGUGGGCCAGUGAGGGGUUUGGGAUUGGGUGGUGCCAGAGCAAAAGAGAAAAUGAUGAUGGAGGGAAUGAAAUGUGGAGGAGAAAUCCCCUGGAAACUGGAGGUGGAACGCUCAGAGGGAGCUGAGGAUGGCUGAUGGCAUUGGCCCUAUUAUGGCAUCAUCCGCUGGCUAUUGGCAGCUGGCUUCUGCCUGUAGCCAUUGCUGAUGCUUCCUUCUCUCCUCUGAGCUCAGAUACCUCCCGUCUUGCCCUUCAUCUAUAUAUAUAUAUGUUCUUUCUCUCCGUCUUUCUCUUUCUUUCUUCCACUAUGUGUGUGCAUUUGCUGGACAACUGCAUUUUUUAUUAUCUCCCAGACAUGUAUCAAACGUGUUCGGUUCUCAUGCGUUGUUUACAAAGUGGAAAACAAAUGAACAAAAGUUAUGAAAGAGGAAAAAACCUCCCCACAAGUUAAUAUAUUUUAUAUUAAUAUUGGUGUU